AUGGGUCUCAGCCCCCAGCUUGCCGUCACCCUGCUCUGCCUGCUCGCAUGUACGGGGAGCCCUACCCACAGACGCAGAGAAGAAAGCCGUUUAAAAGAGAUCGCCAACAGUUUAGACCAGGUCACAAAAAAAGGGACGCCAUGUACCGAGAUGCUUGUACCAGACGUCCUUACAGCAAGGAAGAACACCACGGAGAACGAGCUUUUCUGCAGGGCUUACAAGGUGCUUAUCAAAUUUUAUUCCCAACCUGAGAAAUUUCCAUGUUUGAAGAACAGCCGUAGUGUUCUCACGGAACUGAAGAAACUCUUUAGAGCCAUCAGCAGCCUGAAUCCACCGACAAGCUGCGCCAUGAAUGAGUCCAUGUUCACAACACUGAAGGACUUCCUGGAAAGCCUAAAACACAUCCUGCAAAAGAAAUCCUGGCAGAACCGAACCUCCGUGCUUUAA